GCCUCCUUCGUUGAAUAGCAGAGCCGAGGCCGAGCAAGCAGACAUCCGUGCAAAGCAGCCAUGGCUACUCUCCACAUGUUCCUCAGCCUCCUCCUCCUCAUCCCCGUGCACACCAUUCCUCCUACCACAGCCACAAAAGACGAUACUCUCUCGCCAGGCCAGGCAUUGGCCGUCGGCGACAAGCUCGUUUCCAGCAACGGCAAGUUCGCGCUUGGCUUCUUCCAGCCCGGCACCGGCAACAUCAGUAGUAAGUCAUCUUCUACCUCUCCCGGUUGGUACCUUGCCAUAUGGUUCAACAAGAUCAAUGUCAUCACCCCCGUCUGGGUCGCCAACCGAGAGAGGCCGAUCGCUGGACCCGAUCUAAGAGCAACACAGCUCCAAAUCUCAGAAGAUGGCAACCUUGUCGUCUUAAACAACGCCUCCCAAUCCGUUGUCUGGUCCACUCACAUCACCAGCAGUAACAGAACCAACACCACCUCCACCAGCAGCAGCAGGAGAGCCAUCCUCUUGGGCAGUGGAAACCUCGUCAUAGAAAGCCCGUCCAGUGAAGUGCUGUGGCAGAGCUUCGACGACCCAACCGACGUCGCGCUCCCCGGCGCCAAGAUCGGCUGGAACAAGGUCACCGGCCUGAACCGCGUCGGCAUCUCGUGGAAGAGCCGGAUCGACCCGGGCCUCGGCUCCUUCAGCGUGGGGCUGGAGACCAAUGGCACCAGGAUGGUGAUGGUGGGGCACCGAGGCUACCCUUCCCAAGUGUACUGGUCGUGGUCGCCCGACGAGUCGCCGAUGCAGAUGCCAGCGCUCCGGGCGCUGCUGCAGAUGAAUCCACAGACCAGAGGGUUGGUUGUCCCGGAGUACGUCGACAACAGCGAGGAGGAGUACUACAUGUACACCUCGCCAGACGAGGCCUCUUCCACGUUCCUCUCCCUCGACACGUCUGGUCAGACCAAGCUGAACGUGUGGUCGCAGGCCAACCAGGCUUGGCAGACCAUCUACGUCCAGCCCAUUGAUCUCUGCCGCCCAUACGCCACAUGUGGACCGUUCACCGUCUGCACCGGCAGCUCGCAGCCGCCCUGCGAGUGCAUGGAGAGCUUCUUCAGGACGUCGCCUCAGGAUUGGGAGCUCGGUGAUCGGACAGGAGGGUGCUCCAGACGCACUCCGCUGGACUGCAAUGGCAACAGGAGUUCGACGGACGUGUUCCACCCCGUAGCUCGUGUCACAUUGCCCUACGGCCCCCGGAGCUCACAGGGUGCUCCGGCAACUCGGGGCGAAUGCGAAUCGGUCUGUCUCAGCAACUGCUCCUGCACCGCUUACUCGUACCAAGGCAGCAAAUGCUCUGUUUGGCUUGGGGAGUUGUUCAGUGUAAACAAGGAUGAUGGCAUCGAGAUCCGCUCUGAAUAUACUCUGUAUAUUCGCCUUGCCGCUGGAGAUUUCCCGAGCUCCACAAGAGAUAAAAGAAAACCAGCACUAGCUGGAGUUGUUAUUGCUGCAACCGCAAGCGUUAUCGGUUUUGGGUUGCUGAUGCUCAUGCUGCUACUUGUGAUCUUAAGGAACAGAUUCAACUGGUGUGGAAUGUCAUCACAGGCCAGUAAUAAAGAUAGUGUUGGAGUUGUUGCCUUUAGAUAUGCCGAUUUGGGCCGUGCUACAAAGAAUUUUUCAGUGAAGCUAGGAGCAGGAGGUUUUGGGACUGUAUUUAAGGGAGUUUUAAGUGACCUGACUAGUGUAGCAGUGAAAAGGCUUGAAGCCGCGAGCCAGGGAGAGAAGCAAUUCAGGGCAGAGGUAAGUGCACUUGGACUGAUCCAGCACAUCAACCUGGUCAAAUUGGUUGGUUUCUGCUGUCAUGGUGAUAAGAGGCUACUUGUAUAUGAACACAUGUGUAAUGGUUCUCUUGAUUCCCAUCUGUUCCAGAGCAAUGGUACCGUCCUUGACUGGAGCACCAGAUAUCAGAUAGCCAUCGGAGUUGCUAGAGGAUUGUCCUACUUGCAUCAGAGUUGCCACGAAUGCAUCAUACACUGUGAUAUCAAGCCAGAAAAUGUACUUCUCAACGAAUCGUUUGUCCCUAAAAUUGCAGACUUUGGGUUGGCAUCGGUCAUUGGAAGGGAUUUUAGUCGGGUUCUAACUACAUUCAGAGGAACUAUGGGGUAUCUAGCCCCAGAGUGGCUUACUGGGGUUGCUAUUACAUCAAAAGUCGAUGUUUACAGUUUUGGCAUGGUACUGAUGGAAAUCAUAUCAGGAAGAAGGAAUGCAUCUGUGGUACACACUAGCGGCAGCGACCAUGUCGCUUAUUUCCCUGUGCAAGCCAUAAACAAGCUUCAUGAGGGGGAUGUUCAGAGCUUGGUGGAUCCACAAUUAUAUGGUGACUUCAGCUUCGAUGAGGUUAAAAGAGUUUGCAAUGUAGCAUGUUGGUGCAUCCAGGAUAAUGAGUUGGACCGGCCAACUAUGGGUGAAGUAGUCCGAGUUCUUGAGGGUGUAAAGGAGCUCGAUAUGCCCCCGAUGCCAAGACUGCUUGCGGCUAUAACUACAGAAUGCUCUUAUGUCGAUUCCAUGUAAUAAUUUUAAUUACUUCUAAUGUCUAUGCUAAUUUUAUUUGCUUCAGCAAAUUUUAUGGUCAUGGUUUAGGUCGUGUAACAAAACAAAGAUCAGAAAAUAUAAUAUAAUAAAUAAUUUCUUGCA